CGUCCCUAAAUGUAACAGCAGCAGAAGAGAGGAAAGGGAGAGAGUACUGCGCUAUCCUUUACUUACUUUCCGGUAGGAGGCAUCUGGCUCGGCUUUAACAACAGUCGCGUUACUCGAAAGCGAAGAGAAACAUCUUUAACACCUUUUCCGACUUUUGUGAGGAAUCACGAGAAAGCCGACAACGUCCCUCCGGUCAUUUUGAUGUAAGGGGCCUGAAUUAUUAUCAUUUUAUCGGAUCUGUAUGAACGUCCAUGGGCUGAUGCGGCGGUCGUGGCAAGUCUCAGCUUCAUCGAUACCAACCGGCUCCGUAUGAAGACUAUUAAGUGAACGAUUAAAUCCGUCUGAUCGCGGAAGGUUUUCAACUUUGCGCAUACGAGAUCGUUCAGGACAGUGCUGAUAUGAACAGUUAUAGACGGAAUGUGUGCUCAGUAUAAUGUGUUUUAGGCUUUUCCUUGGCAUUUUCGAACAUCAGCAGCAUUAACACGGCACUAAAUUAGCACAAUCUUGAUUAUGAAGUGUUUUUAAAAGGCAUAUUUGAUGCUUGAAAGCGCACAUUUUCGUCCACAAGCCGGGGCUGCUGAAAUCAGCUGACCACCAUUGAAUUCAUCACAUUUGAAGAUAUAUCCCGUAGUUUACUGUCAAUCUCAUAAACAGCGAACUUGUUGGAGACCCAAAUAUUUGCUGGUGUGUCUGAGGAGUCUUGAAUUUGAAGAUCUUGGAGAUGUCAGGCCGGCCUAGGACCACCUCAUUCGCCGAGAGCUGCAAACCAUUGCCGCAGCCUUCAGCCUUUGGCAACAUGAAAGUCAGCCGAGAUAAAGACGGCGGUAAGGUCACAACGGUGGCCGCGUCCCCCGGUCAGGGUCCUGACCGAUCCCAUGAGGUCAGUUACACAGACACAAAAGUCAUCGGAAACGGCUCGUUCGGCGUCGUGUAUCAGGCAAAGCUUUGUGACACCGGUGAGCCGGUGGCCAUUAAGAAGGUUCUGCAGGAUAAAAGGUUUAAGAAUCGUGAGUUACAGAUUAUGAGGAAAUUGGAUCACUGUAACAUUGUUCGUCUGCGGUAUUUCUUCUACUCCAGUGGAGACAAAAAGGAUGAGGUUUAUCUGAAUCUGGUGAUGGACUAUGUUCCUGAGAACGUCUACAGAGUGGCCCGACACUACAGCAGAGCCAAGCAGCAUCUGCCCAUGGUUUAUGUGAAGCUGUAUAUGUACCAGUUGUUUCGCAGCUUGGCGUACAUUCACUCAUACGGCAUCUGUCAUCGAGACAUCAAGCCUCAGAACCUCCUGCUGGACCCAGAGACGGCCGUACUGAAGCUCUGUGACUUUGGAAGUGCUAAGCAGCUGGUGCGUGGUGAGCCCAACGUUUCCUACAUCUGCUCGCGCUACUACAGAGCCCCUGAGCUCAUCUUUGGAGCAACAGACUAUACUUCCAGCAUAGAUAUUUGGUCAGCUGGCUGCGUUCUGGCCGAGCUGCUGUUGGGACAGCCUAUAUUUCCUGGUGAUAGUGGCGUAGAUCAGCUGGUUGAAAUCAUCAAGGUGUUGGGUACACCUACACGGGAACAGAUCCGCGAGAUGAACCCAAAUUACACCGAGUUUAAGUUUCCACAAAUUAAGGCACAUCCAUGGACUAAGGUUUUCCGGCCACGCACCCCACCGGAGGCGAUAGCUUUGUGUUCGCGGUUGUUGGAGUACACGCCCACGGCCCGGUUCACUCCUCUGGAAGCGUGCGCUCACACGUUCUUCGACGAGCUCCGAGAACCCACCCUAAAGCUUCCCAACGGGAGAGAAAGACCCGUGCUGUUUAAUUUCACUACACAGGAGCUGUCCAGUAACCCCUCGCUGACCUCCAUUCUCAUCCCCGCACAUGCUCAGAACCAGGUGGAAAACUCCGUUGCCUCGUCUGCGACAGGUGCCAACAGCGGCGAUCGUGGUUCAAACGCCAACGCUGCCUCUGCCGUCCUCAAUCCUUCAACUUGAACCCCGCUCACCCGUCAACGGGUUGAUUUCACGCUGCUGCUUUUUAACCACGCCCACUCGCCGGAGUCUAGGGCGUUGCUAAAACAUAACGAAAAAUCUCACAUGAUGGACAUGCCAAUCAAACCUUCCCCCGGUCCUUUUUCAUCAUUUUUUGUUUUUAUUAUUAUUUAUUUGCUGUAAAGAACAGUAACGAGGGCUUGGAAACAUCACCUCAGGACUAUGAGGUGAUGUACCUCAGGACUAUGAGGUGAUGUUAUACGAUAAUAUAUAUAUAUGAUAUAUAAGAUCUCUCUCUCUAUAUAUAUAUAUAUAUAUAUAUAUACACACACUCUUAUAAACAGUUAUACCUACAAAUCUCUUUUCACAUGUCUGCUUGGACAUUUUUAAGGAAAAUCUCUACACUGUCGCUGUUGCUCUUUUGUAAGCGUAACAAAAGUCGGCCCGUUCCUGUUGAUAUCACCGGCACCCGGCCAACAGGCACGAAGAUGGGUCUGUUUCGUAUGACUGCUUUCUAUGCGACGUUACAGGUGGCACGGGACCGCCCAGGUCGGCUGGGUAGGGCCUAGAGCUUCAGCUUCAAAAGCGGGAUACCAGAAAGCUGGCCUCUGAUUGGUCCAAACCAAUAAACCAAAUCCAGAGCAGCUCAUCGGCACGGACAGAUUCCCAGGUCUCAUACUUUCAGUAGGCUAUGUGAAAUAAAUGCUAAUGACUUCGGCCUUUCCCUCGGUUUCGGGCGGAUAUGUGUGCUUAAAUUGUGUGCUGCUGUGUACAUGUAUCUUUCAAACCCUCCAUUUCUUCUCUUCCACCUGCCUGUCUUGACUUCACAUUGUAUAGUCAUGCUGCACUUCACAAACGUGCCGUGGCAGCACAUACACAUAAUCUCGAAACAUUUCCCGUGCGUGUGCGAGCAUGCUGUACGUCUAUAAAUACUGUAUAUGCUGAUUCUUGAACCGUUAGUGAGCUAAAAGAAUAAUAGCACGAAUAUGAUAAUCAGGAUUAAAGACACAAACAGGAUUUCCUUCUCGUAGAGUUGACCCCAAAUCCCAGCAACAAUGAAGUUGUCAGAGUUUCUAUGUCUUGAAUUCUCUCCAUGACAAUUGUUUUGACAUUUAGCAGGAAGGAGUGACUCGGAACCGAUGAACUCGAUAACCGUGUGGACUGUUCAAAUGCAUCCAACAAAAAGAUAACCAAGAUGUCUUGAACGCUUUCUCCAGUGCACCUUUGCAUCCGGUUCUUUUGGGUUUUUUCAUCGUUCUCUUUAGCGCUCCCUUGUGUUUGUGCAAGUGUAUAGCACUGCUGUUUUUUCUGAUCAUGAUUUUAAAUCGGCACCAAAAAACAACUUCAGGCUGUUUCUGUAUCUCCCAACAGUGCCGUCGCAAGACUAUUUCCCUAUACCAACCUCUUCUGAGCCCUGCAAAAUAGUUUUUCCCAUUUCUUCAAAAAAAUAAUCACCAGACGUUCACCUAUUGUAUGAAUAUUGAAUGUGAUAUUGUAUGAACGUAUUACCUUUGUAAGUAUAGUAGGCUAUUCAAAUAUGAAUUUGUUUGAAUGAUCUAUGCUUGGCUGAUAGAAAGAAUCUUCUGAACUAUGGCUCAUGUAAAGCUGACCGCUGACUGUUUUGUUCUUCUUUUUUGUACUUUAACUUAAAGUGAGAACGACUUUUGUCUUAUUUGAAGACUUUGUAUGGCUUUUAAACAUCACUGGUUAUCUCUUUUAGGGAUGUGUAUAUUUACUGGGAUUUUUUAUUUGACUUCUUUUUAUUAUUUUAAAGGAGAAGGGAAAACGGCGUCAUACAUCUACAGUAUUAACUCAUUUUAGGCAAUAAUUGUUUCUUUGUUUUUUUUUCCAGCUGUAAAACACUUCAAGUGAGUGCUGUCAUGUAGCACUGUAAAUGUUUUUGAAGUAUACAAGCACGUCACGUUUCCUCAGCACAGUUUAUUUUACAUUUUAGAAGCUACGAGGUGCACAAACGUACAAUAAAAGGGAAAUAGAAAUACUCAUAAGCCUAUGGUUCAGAGCUGUUUGUAGCUGUGAGAGUCAACAAUGAACAAAAUAACGUAAACAUUGCUAUUACUUGAAUGUCUAGAACUUUUGUUUCACAAAUACUGUUUUGUUUGUUCUAUUUAAGGUAUAUGCUAGACGUCUCCUGUACAUAGGCCUACUCAAUGUGCAUUCUGUCUUCUUAAUGUUCACUGAAGUAGUCACCCGGUACUGUACUGCAUUGAAUAAAGUAGGUUAGCCUUUACACCAUCAAUACUGUUUCUUCAUUGCUUAACAUCCGUUUUCUUGAUGGAUAAGGGUACCAAAAGACAAAAAAAAAAGGUUUUGCAAUAGCAAAUUCUUGAAUCAAAUGUGUCCUUUUCUUAUAAUGACUUGUUAAGUUUGUUUUUGCUUAAAGGGACAGUUCACCCAAAAAUGAAAAUUCUGGCAUCAUUUAUUCACCCUCAAGUUGUUCCAAACCUGUAUGCAUUUUUUCCCUGAUGAACACAGAGAAAGAUAUUUUGAAGAAUGUUAGCAAUUUU